AUGGAUAAUACAGUAGAAGAGGUGACCAUCAAAACAACAGCUGAUCCAAACAACAACAUGUCUAACAACAACAAUAAUAUCGAUGUCGACGAUGUAAUCGAUGAACUGAUGGCCGAAAACAAACGACUGGUCAAUGAAUUGUUGUUUGCAAACAAAUGUCUGAAUUUGUUAACCGAACUGAAGGAUCACAUGAAUUUGGUUCACAAGAAAUAUGAAGAACAUAUUCAGGCCGAAGAUAUCAGCCAAUGGCAAACAUUACAGAAAUCGGUGGACACAACUGUCGAUGGAUUUACUAUGUGUUCAUUUAGUCACUUGAAGAUCAAUAACGUGAAGACCAGAGAAUUCAAUAGAAAUCUAAGUCAAGACAUUAAGAAAGCAUUUAGUCAUAUCAUCGGCGGUAAUGAUAAUACCAAUAAUAAUAAUAAUAAGACUAAAACUCGGCGAAAGACUUUAUCAUCAUCAUCACCAUCACUACUAUCAAAGAGUAAUAAAGACAAUCAGUAUAUCAACAGUCAAUUGUUGUAUGAAAACCAAACGCUUAACAAAAUGAAAGAUCAGAUGAAUUGGUUGAUCAAGAAAUACGAACCGUUUAUAUUUGCCGAAGAUAUGACUAAAUGGAAACAAUUGCAACAAUCGCUGGACGACAGCAACAAUACGAUAAAAACGACAACUAUUAUCCGAUCAAAAGACGUGGCCAUUAGCCGCUUGACGACACAUAUGGGUAAAGCCGUACGAAAUGCACAAAACUAUCCGUACGUUUGCCGACAGCAGGGCUGUGGCCAACGAUUCAAAUUGAAGAUUGCAUUGCAUGUACACUACGGCAAGUUUCAUAAGAACGGCGAGUAUGUGUGCGACGUGUGUCAGAAACGGUUUACAGAAAUCAACAAAUGGACAAAACAUUUGGCCACUCAUGAGCUGCGAAAGAAGACGUUCAAGUGUUCUGAAUGUGACAAAUAUUUGUCGAGCAGAAUGAUACUGAAGAAACAUCUGGAAAAGAUGCACUUUAUGAUCACCACUGGUGGUGGUGGUGGUGUUGGCGUCGCUGAUGGUUGUAGUGGUGAUGACCAACAAACCGGCGGAGGCGGCGGUGGUGAUACAUCACUGUCCAUGGAUGUCAUCGAAUCCAAUGACGAAAUGACCGAAUUCAGACGCAAAUACUUUGAUAAGCAAACCAAACAGUUUAUAUGUCCCGAUUCCGGCUGCCGAUUGCCGUACAAUAACGCUACCGCUCUCUACAAUCAUAUGAAAGAAGUUCACGGCAAACAAGGUUUAGCCGAUUGUUUAGUACAAAGUGAUGGCGGCAACAGUGGCGUUAGUGGCGGCGGCGAUCAAGUGUUUGGCAGCGCCGCAGCCGAUAAUUCUGAAGCCGAUCGGCAACUGUUACUACUGAUGAAACAAAAUCGUUUCGAUGAGACUACGCAACGAUUUGUUUGUCCCUAUCCCGGCUGUGACAGUAAUUUCGGUACAAAUAAAUACUAUGAACAGCACUUCAUUCGGAUGCACUAUCGACCGGAUCGCAAACCGUUUGUUUGUCCCGAACCCGAUUGCGGUAAGGGAUUCAAGACAAAAGUUAUGCUCCGACGACAUCGGGUAACACACGAUGCCAAUCGUAGGCGAGACCACCAAUGCUCGGAAUGCGACAAAUCAUACUUUACUAGAGCCGAACUAACACUUCAUACAAAUUUCAGACAUCUAAACAAAAAGAUGAUCCGAUGCGGUAUCGAUGGUUGCGAUCACCGAUUCUAUAACUUUGACCAGCGAUCUACUCAUCGAAAAUCUGUACACAAUAUGAAUUACGCCAAAAAGUAUAUACCCGAUAAACACCAGUGCCAGUGGCCCGGUUGCGACUACAAGUGUUCGUCCACUGGCGAUCUGAGAGACCAUACCCGUAUCCAUACUGGUGAACGUCCGUACGAGUGCGAGUGGACAGACUGUGAACAACGAUUUGCCCGGAAAGCUGAUCUCAAACGACACGUUACGUGUCAUAAAAAUCUAAAACCAUUUGUCUGCCAGUGGCCCGGCUGUCAAUAUCGGGGCAAUUGUAGUGCCAAUCUGUAUGCACACAAAAAGAUACAUCAAAGACAACAACAACAGGAGCAACAACAACAACAAUCAGAAGCUGAUACUACAAUACCGACGGCUGAUUAGUAUUAAAUUUUGUAAUAAAUAAAUAAAACUUCAUAAUUACCGGUAAUAUUCGUUAUUAUUGGUACCAAAUUGUAAAUUUUAAAUGAUUGAAAUCUUAAUAA